AUGGCUUACUCGCUGAAUCUCCCGUCAAAGAGGGCCCCACCUCUACCACCACCUCCAGUUUUGAUUCAAAAAGAGGAGUUGACAGCAGAAGAGCUAGAACACAUCGAACGGGUACGACGACUGGCUGAAGGUUUGGAAAUGACCUCAACGUACGUCGAAGAACCAGAAAUCAGAGAAGCCGAACCAGAGUUCAGAGAAGCCGAACCAGAUUUCAAAGAAGCCGAACCAAUGCUAGAACGAACAGCAUCAUCAGCCACCUCUGGUGGUGACGAAGAAAGCCCGUUUCGAAAGCCAAGGUUCAGUUAUCGCCGGUGAUUCUUUCGAAGAUCAUGGCUUACUCGCUGAAUCUCCCUGUCAAAGAGGCCCCACCUCUACCACCACCUCCAGUUUUGAUUCAAAAAAGGAGUUGACAGCAGAAGAGCUAGAACACAUCGAACGGGUACGACGACUGGCUGAAGGUUUGGAAAUGACCUCAACGUACGUCGAAGAACCAGAAAUUAGAGAAGCCGAACCAGAGUUCAGAGAAGCCGAACCAGAUUUCAAAGAAGCCGAACCAAUGCUAGAACGAACAGCAUCAUCAGCCACCUCUGGUGGUGACGAAGAAGCCCGUUUCGAAAGCCAAGGUUCAGUUAUCGCCGGUGAUUCUUUCGAAGAUCAUGGCUUACUCGCUGAAUCUCCCGUCAAAGAGGCCCCACCUCUACCACCACCUCCAGUUUUGAUUCAAAAAGAGGAGUUGACAGCAGAAGAGCUAGAACACAUCGAACGGGUACGACGACUGGCUGAAGGUUUGGAAAUGACCUCAACGUACGUCGAAGAACCAGAAAUUAGAGAAGCCGAACCAGAGUUCAGAGAAGCCGAACCAGAGUUCAAAGAAGCCGAACCAAUGCUAGAACGAACAGCAUCAUCAGCCACCUCUGGUGCUGACGAAGAAGCCCGUUUCGAAAGCCAAGGUUCAGUUAUCGCCGGUGAUUCUUUCGAAGAUCAUGGCUUACUCGCUGAAUCUCCCGUCAAAGAGGCCCCCACCUCUACCACCACCUCCAGUUUUGAUUCAAAAGAGGAGUUGACAGCAGAAGAGCUAGAACACAUCGAACGGGUACGACGACUGGCUGAAGGUUUGGAAAUGACCUCAACGUACGUCGAAGAACCAGAAAUCAAAGAAGCCGAACCAGAGUUCAGAGAAGCGGAACCAGAUUUCAAAGAAGCCGAACCAAUGCUAGAACGAACAGCAUCAUCAGCCACCUCUGGUGGUGACGAAGAAGCCCGUUUCGAAAGCCAAGGUUCAGUUAUCGCCGGUGAUUCUUUCGAAGAUCAUGGCUUACUCGCUGAAUCUCCCGUCAAAGAGGCCCCACCUCUACCACCACCUCCAGUUUUGAUUCAAAAAGAGGAGUUGACAGCAGAAGAGCUAGAACACAUCGAACGGGUACGACGACUGGCUGAAGGUUUGGAAAUGACCUCAACGUACGUCGAAGAACCAAGAAAUCAGAGAAGCCGAACCAGAGUUCAGAGAAGCCGAACCAGAUUUCAAAGAAGCCGAACCAAUGCUAGAACGAACAGCAUCAUCAGCCACCUCUGGUGCUGACGAAGAAGCCCGUUUCGAAAGCCAAGGUUCAGUUAUCGCCGGUGAUUCUUUCGAAGAUCAUGGCUUACUCGCUGAAUCUCCCGUCAAAGAGGCCCCACCUCUACCACCACCUCCAGUUUUGAUUCAAAAAGAGGAGUUGACAGCAGAAGAGCUAGAACACAUCGAACGGGUACGACGACUGGCUGAAGGUUUGGAAAUGACCUCAACGUACGUCGAAGAACCAGAAAUCAGAGAAGCCGAACCAAUGCUAGAACGAACAGCAUCAUCAGCCACCUCUGGUGCUGACGAAGAAGCCCGUUUCGAAAGCCAAGGUUCAGUUAUCGCCGGUGAUUCUUUCGAAGAUCAUGGCUUACUCGCUGAAUCUCCCGUCAAAGAGGCCCCCACCUCUACCACCACCUCCAGUUUUGAUUCAAAAAGAGGAGUUGACAGCAGAAGAGCUAGAACACAUCGAACGGGUACGACGACUGGCUGAAGGUUUGGAAAUGACCUCAACGUACGUCGAAGAACCAGAAAUCAGAGAAGCCGAACCAGAGUUCAGAGAAGCCGAACCAGAGUUCAAAGAAGCCGAACCAAUGCUAGAACGAACAGCAUCAUCAGCCACCUCUGGUGGUGACGAAGAAAGCCCGUUUCGAAAGCCAAGGUUCAGUUAUCGCCGGUGAUUCUUUCGAAGAUCAUGGCUUACUCGCUGAAUCUCCCGUCAAAGAGGCCCCACCUCUACCACCACCUCCAGUUUUGAUUCAAAAAGAGGAGUUGACAGCAGAAGAGCUAGAACACAUCGAACGGGUACGACGACUGGCUGAAGGUUUGGAAAUGACCUCAACGUACGUCGAAGAACCAGAAAUUAGAGAAGCCGAACCAGAGUUCAGAGAAGCCGAACCAGAGUUCAAAGAAGCCGAACCAAUGCUAGAACGAACAGCAUCAUCAGCCACCUCUGGUGGUGACGAAGAAGCCCGUUUCGAAAGCCAAGGUUCAGUUAUCGCCGGUGAUUCUUUCGAAGAUCAUGGCUUACUCGCUGAAUCUCCCGUCAAAGAGGCCCCACCUCUACCACCACCUCCAGUUUUGAUUCAAAAAGAGGAGUUGACAGCAGAAGAGCUAGAACACAUCGAACGGGUACGACGACUGGCUGAAGGUUUGGAAAUGACCUCAACGUACGUCGAAGAACCAGAAAUCAGAAGCCGAACCAGAGUUCAGAGAAGCCGAACCAGAUUUCAAAGGGGCCGAACCAAUGCUAGAACGAACAGCAUCAUCAGCCACCUCUGGUGCUGACGAAGAAAGCCCGUUUCGAAAGCCAAGGUUCAGUUAUCGCCGGUGAUUCUUUCGAAGAUCAUGGCUUACUCGCUGAAUCUCCCGUCAAAGAGGCCCCACCUCUACCACCACCUCCAGUUUUGAUUCAAAAGAGGAGUUGACAGCAGAAGAGCUAGAACACAUCGAACGGGUACGACGACUGGCUGAAGGUUUGGAAAUGACCUCAACGUACGUCGAAGAACCAGAAAUCAAAGAAGCCGAACCAGAGUUCAGAGAAGCCGAACCAGAUUUCAAAGAAGCCGAACCAAUGCUAGAACGAACAGCAUCAUCAGCCACCUCUGGUGGUGACGAAAAAGCCCGUUUCGAAAGCCAAGGUUCAGUUAUCGCCGGUGAUUCUUUCGAAGAUCAUGGCUUACUCGCUGAAUCUCCCGUCAAAGAGGCCCCACCUCUACCACCACCUCCAGUUUUGAUUCAAAAAAGAGGAGUUGACAGCAGAAGAGCUAGAACACAUCGAACGGGUACGACGACUGGCUGAAGGUUUGGAAAUGACCUCAACGUACGUCGAAGAACCAGAAAUCAAAGAAGCCGAACCAAUGCUAGAACGAACAGCAUCAUCAGCCACCUCUGGUGCUGACGAAGAAGCCCGUUUCGAAAGCCAAGGUUCAGUUAUCGCCGGUGAUUCUUUCGAAGAUCAUGGCUUACUCGCUGAAUCUCCCGUCAAAGAGGCCCCACCUCUACCACCACCUCCAGUUUUGAUUCAAAAAGAGGAGUUGACAGCAGAAGAGCUAGAACACAUCGAACGGGUACGACGACUGGCUGAAGGUUUGGAAAUGACCUCAACGUACGUCGAAGAACCAGAAAUCAGAGAAGCCGAACCAGAGUUCAGAGAAGCGAACCAGAUUUCAAAGAAGCCGAACCAAUGCUAG